AUUUUCUAUGGAUCUGUCCGUCGCACAAACAUUUUGAAUGGUUCAUUGAUGUUCUCAGAGAUGUCGAAAGGAAAGACGUUACAGAUGUACUUGAAAUUCACAUUUUCAUUACACAAUUCUUUCAUAAAUUUGAUUUGCGAACUACUAUGCUGUACAUAUGUGAGAAUCAUUUUCAGAGGCUAUCAAAGAAAAGUAUAUUUACUGGACUCAAAGCUAUUAAUCACUUUGGUCGGCCGGAUAUGACGUCAUUCCUGAAGUUUGUCCAAAAGAAACACAGCUAUGUUAGCAAAAUAGGAGUAUUUAGUUGUGGACCACGUCCUUUGACAAAGAGUGUUAUGUCAGCUUGCGAUGAAGUCAACAAAGGUAGGCGCUUGCCUUACUUUAUUCAUCACUUUGAGAAUUUUGGCUAGUCGGAUAUAUUGCUCUUCGCUCACACGAAUUUGUUUAUUAUCGACAAUAAUUAUAUUAUAUUUCGAUGAUUUCUUAUAAAAUGUACAUAUUUAUGUGCGU